ACAGUGACGAUGAUGUUCGAGCCGUAGCGGCUUCUAUUUUAAUACCAAUUGCGGAUUAUUUUGUCCAACUUGCUCCAAAUAAAAUACCCGAAAUUGUAACUGUGUUGUGGGAUUGUCUUAAGGAUCUUAAAGAUGAUUUGACAGCUUCCACAGCUAGUGCUGAUGCAUCUGACCAAAGAUUAUAUCCAUUUUUCCGUCAUACCAUUACAUCUGUACGAGUCGCGGUACUCAAUACUUUGCUAACAUUUUUGGGUAUGGACGAAGUAGAAGAAUGGGUCGAUCAUCGUACUUUUAGUCUUGUGUUUCAAAAUAUUAUUGUUGAGGAAAAAAGAGAUGUUCUUUAUAUUUCUCUAAAAGUUUGGUCAAGAUUACUUUCACAUGUAUCAAAACCCGUUGAAAAGAAUAAACUCUUUAAUUUCACAUCUCAACAUAUCGGAUCAUGGUUUUCAAUAGUCAUGACACCUUUAGGUACUCCAAUUGAGCGUCGAUUAUUUUAUAUUCCUGAUGGACCGAUUCCAAUGGAAACAACUCCUAUAACAGUAACAUCUCCAUCAAAUAAUUCAAGAAGAAGGAAUUCGAAUCGUAAUAAUAAUGGUGGUGAUAUUGCUGUAACAUCUGGUGGCUAUAGUAUUGAUACUGGAAUGUUGCAACAAGAUUUUGCACUGGUUAGUGUGGAUACUAUAUUAAGAGGAAGAGUUAUUGCUUCUAAAGGAUUAGGAAUGUUAAUGAGUUGUUGGCCAAGUGAGUCCUUAGAAUCCACAUUUAAAGAAUAUAUUAUAAACUGCCUUUCUUCUUCAUGGGCAUUAAGCAAACAAUUAGCUGCUGUAAUUACCGAAGAAUGGUCACGAUCAGUUAUGGAAAAAGAACCGCAAAAUAACCAAUCUUCAUUAAUACAAAAUUUACCUUUAGCCUCAAUUUUAUCUAAUGCCAUGAUCUCAAUUCUGGAAUCUAAUCCUCCUAGGGAAUGUCAAGCAAUGCUUAAUACAUUUGUAUCUGUUGGCAAAGUUAAUUCCGAUAUCAUUCCUCCAUUACCUACAUAUGUUCUUGGAGAAAAAAUUCAAACAGACAAUUCAACUUCUUUGUUCGGAAUAGAAAUAGCUGCAGAAUUUUCAACUGAUGUUUUUAAUAAUUUAUUAUCUCAUGUAUCUGUUAAAAAUCGGAGAUCUUCAAAUGAUGAUACACAAUCUCAGUUACAAGAUCGUCAACGUCGAGUGGUAUCUUCAAUUGGUUAUUAUGAAGCUUCAAAACAAAAAAAUGAUACAAUUGUAUUUGCUGCAAUUGCCGGAGCAGUUGUUGCAUUACGAGUAUUACCUUCCAAGCUUAAUCCUGUAAUCAGAUCUAUUAUGAAUUCAAUAAAAUCAGAAGAAAAUUUUGAAUUACAGAAACGAUCUGCUUCUACUUUAGCUAGCCUUGUUGAACUUUGUUCAUAUGAGGAUAAUACAAUAAGA